UGUGUUUGUUCUGUGUUGCAGAAUCCAGGAGUGAAAGGAGCUUCUAUUCUGUCUCUUUCUCUUGCGGAAUUGAGCGCCAAGUUGAAAGAUGGUAGCUUGUCACCCGAAAGUGUCCUGUACACAUACAUAGAAAAGGCCUUAGAAGUAACCCAUCAAAUCAACUGUGUGACAGACUUCCUUCCAGAGUGUGAAGAACAGCUUCAAGAAGUGAAAAAACGGGAGAAGGGUUUGCUUUAUGGAGUCCCUGUCAGCAUCAAGGAAAAUGUUGCUUGCAAGGGGUACCCCAACACACUUGGCUUGGUGAAAUUUUUAGACUGCCCUGAGCAGGAUGACUCGGUAAUAGUGAAGGUGUUAAAAAAACAAGGGGCAAUCCCAUUCGUAAAGACCAACACUUCCCAGGCCAUAUUAAAUAUUGAUUGUGGCAAUACAGUCUUUGGACAAACCUUGAAUCCUUUCAACCACAAGAAAACCUCUGGAGGCUCCAGCGGGGGAGAAGCAGCACUUGUUGCAGCAGGAGGCUCCAUCCUUGGAAUUGGUACAGACGUGGCUGCAAGUAUCCGUGUGCCAUGUGGAUUUUGUGGAAUCUGUGGGUUCAAACCAACUGGUUAUAGGAUUAGCGUCAAAGGUGCUACCUCUCCAGUAGCUGGAAUGAACUCAGUCAUCUCUGUGACAGGCCCAAUGACAAAAGAUGUGGACAGUCUGGUUCUCUGCAUGAGGGCCCUUCUGUGUGAUGAGAUGUUCCUCCUGGAUCCAGCUGUGCCCCCACUCCCUUUUAAUGAUGAGAUUUACUCAAGUUCCAAGCCCCUUAGGAUUGGAUAUUAUGAUGAUGAUGGUUAUUUUGAACCAUCUCCCAGCAUGAGACGGGCUGUGCAGGAAACCAGAAAACUCCUGCAGGAAGCAGGGCAUACGCUUAUACCCUUCACUCCCCCUCGAAUUGAUUUUCUGGUGGAUGAGCUCUUUACCAAAGGCCUGUAUGCUGAUGGAACUUCCACAUUAGUUGAAAAGUUUGAUGGAGAGUUUGUGGAUUCCACUUGGACAAACCAGUUACGUUGUUACAGAAUGCCAAAUCUGCUGAAGAGGAUUCUGUAUUUCAUCUUAAUACCUGUGUUUCCACGAAUCUCCCGACAUCUGCAUGCCCUCCUUGGAGUGGGGUCAGUGAAAAACUUCUGGAAGAACAACGCUGACCGAAUGGCAUACCGUGAUGAAUUCAUUGCUGAAUGGAGGAAGAUGAAGCUGGAUGUUAUUCUUUGUCCUGCCUUAGGACCAGCCUUUAAUCUGGGAUAUGCUGGAAAACUAUUUGUUGCUACUACUUACACCCAUCUCUACAAUGUCCUGAAUUUUCCUUGUGGAGUUGUACCAGUCACCACAGUGACACAGGCAGAUGAGGAUGAGCUGAAGCUUUACAAAGGACAUUAUGGAGAUCCCUGGGACAAAAGAAUGAAGGAGGCUGUGGAAGGUGGUGUGGGGCUUCCUGUGGCUGUCCAGUGUGUGGCCUUGCCAUGGCAGGAGGAGCUGUGCCUUCGAUUCAUGAAGGAAGUGGAGAUAGUUUCCACUGAAAGGAGGGGGAGGAGGAAAAUCUGAGCUCCUUGGAAGGGAGUCUGCAAGGAAGUAAUCAUAUCAGCAAAUAAAC